AGUAGUAGGAUAUGUCAGUACCUAUGCCGAACAAUAUAAUGCCACCCCAGAUGGCCCACCCAUUCCCCGCCUACCAAUCUCCGCAACGCAUGCCCCCUGGAACUCCUCCACAAAGAAUGAGUGGACCAGGUCCCUACCACUCGGACCAGUCUAGAAGAACUCCUGGACGCCGACCCAACGUCAAGAGUUCUAGCGGCCCCUCCAACCAACCCUCCGGCCCCUCAAUGGGCCCUAUGCCUCAUCAUUCAGUGCAUCGUCCUCCUCACAAACCAAAACCGAAGAAGAAAGCCUCCGAUCUGGUAAUAUCCCAGCAGUUACGAGAGCUUGUUCCUGAAUCCCAAGCAUACAUGGACCUGUUAUCAUUCGAGCGGAAACUAGAUGCCACCAUUAUGAGGAAGCGUCUAGACAUACAGGAGGUUUUAAAGAAACCAAUGAAGACGAAGAGGAAGCUGCGUAUCUUCAUCACAAACACUAGCUACACUAACCAGAGUAAAUCCCCCGGAGAUCAGCUUAACUCAGAGGAGUGCCAAACUACAUGGGAGCUCAAAAUAGAGGGGAGACUUCUUGAUGAGAACGGGCAGGUCAGAUCUGACCCUAGGGCUCCUAAGAAGAAAUUCAGUAGUUUCUUCAAAAGUCUUAUCAUUGAACUAGAUAAGGAGAUGUACGGGCCCGAUAGCAACUUCGUUGAGUGGCACAGGAACCCACAAACACAGGAAACUGAUGGUUUUCAGGUGAAGCGUCCCGGGGACAAGCCAGUGAAAUGCACGAUAAACCUCCAGCUCGACUACCAGCCCCAGAACUUCAAGCUAGAUCCCAGACUUGGUAGAUUGUUGGGUAUCCACACGGCUACGCGACCUGUUAUUGUGACGGCUCUCUGGCAGUAUAUCAAGACGAACAAGCUACAGGACCCUAUACACAGAGACACCAUUAAGUGUGACGAAUAUCUGCAGAGUAUAUUCGAAUGUCCCACCAUGAAGUUCAGUGACAUUCCCUUCAAAUUGAACCCCCUUUUCCAGCAGCCUCCGGACCCUAUAGUUAUUGAGCAUAUUGUUGCAGUGGAUCCGGGGGAGACAAAAAGUGUCACCCACUGGGACAUAAGUGUGGAGGUAGAUGACACUCUCAAACAGCAGAUGAACAACUUCUUAGUGUCCACAGUAGCUCAACAAGAGAUUAUGAGUUUAGAUCAGAAGAUAUACGAGACAGUGGACAGUAUAAAGGCGCUCAAAACUAAACGAGAGUUCAUGCUGUCCUUCGCUUCUGAUCCUUAUGGCUUUAUCAACAAGUGGCUGAUAUCUCAGAGUAGGGACCUAAAGGUGAUGCUGAAUAUAGAUGGAGACCCGGAGGAGGAAAGGAAAGCAGGGUUCUAUCAGAAGGACUGGUUAAAAGAGGGAGUGUGUCGCUACUUCUACACUAAAGUACAGCAGCGCCGCGCAGAGCUGGAGCGGGACCUGGGUGUGCGCCAACUCGGCACUAGCACUUCCACUGCAAACUGACUUUAUUAUUAAUUGUAUAUUUUAUAAUAUAUUUGUUAACAAGAUGACGUAUUAUUGAGCGAGCUGUUGAACUUGUUGAGCUGGACUUAUGGGGAAACACCUGGAAAUCAUUUUUAAACAAUUUUUACUUUACCUACCGUAAUAACUGUUUGACCGGUCAAGAACCAAUUUGAUCUUCUUUUCGAGAUUAUAAUUGUGUUUUAUUUAAUCAAAUAUAUGAACGAGUAGCCAGAAUUAGAAUUAUAACUUUCUUAAAGUAAGUAGAUCUAAUAUAUUUAUAGUUGGUAUAGUAGUAAGUUCACAAACCUAAGAUUAGAUUGUUGUUUGUUAAGUUACAAACUAUCGUAUAAUUUAUUUGUUUCCAACCCCCUCCAGCUCCACCGUACAAUUUAGGCCAUGGUUUUCAUGUGUUUUGAUUUCAGAGCUUACCAUAAAAUAUUCUUUAAAGUAUCUAUCUCUUGAACUGUCUGGAUAUGAACAAAAUUCCGCACAUAUUUUAAAUUGCUAUAUAUUGCAAUAUAUUACAACAUUGAACUGCAUUAUUUCAAUACA